AAGAAAGGAAAGACUGUCACACACAGUGCUAUGAGCAACAGAACGGAAAUUAAGACGGACCCAGUCAAUGCUUGCAAAGGGAAGACGAUAAGCUGAGCGUUUUUCGCAGUAGCAUCCGGCCCCUUCCUUCUCAAGGAUAGUCCGUUCACAGGCAGUACACUUCAUGUGGGAGAUUUCAGUGAAAGAAUAAUUUUUUUUUUUUUUAAAAAAAAGGACGAAGCAAGACCAGUCAACCAACAAGCUUUGGCACCACAUUCCGCAGAUCACUUAUAAAUUCCAUGGAAUUCUGAUGAUUUGACAAUAUUUAUCAGAAUGAUGGUGAAAGAAAAUUUUAUUAAAUGGAUUGCAUACAUAAUUGCAGUUCUGCACGUGGGUUAUGCACAAAUAUAUCGAUGUCAAUCUCCAUACACCUGCAAAAAUCUGACUGACUGUGUGAACUCACUGAAGAGACCAGAGCAACUUCUUUUCUUGCCUUGCUCGAGUGGUGAUGAAGUCAAAGUGUGCUGUCCACGUUCAGACAACCUUUUGAGGCAUAAUAAUUUUCAGUUAUUGAAUGGCACUUGUGGAGAAUUAUCAGAUAUAAACAAAAUAAUUUCUGGUCAAAAUGCCACGAUAGGACAGUUUCCAUGGAUGGCACUCCUAGGAUAUGAAGGUAGAACCCCAGGUUCAACUGUAUUCUCAUGUGGAGGAACCAUUAUUAACAAGAGAUACAUCUUAACAGCUGCUCACUGUGUUUCUGUUGAAAACCAGAGAUUGAAAACUGUUCAUUUAGGUGAGCUCAAUUUGUCUACAAACCCUGACUGUGAAGAGUACUGUGCUGAUCCUGUGGUUGAGAGAGAAGUUGAAAGCACUGUUAUCCAUCCAAAGUAUAAUAAUCCAUUCCGUAAAAAUGAUAUAGCCUUGGUCAGAGUCAGUUCAGAUAUCCCAUAUACAGAUUUUAUAAGGCCAAUCUGUCUUCCAUUCGAAAAUUCAAAUAACACUGGAAGCCAAGUCAAAUAUCAGAUUGCUGGCUGGGGCAAACAGGAUUCAUUGGACACAAAUGGAAGCACUGUACUGCAGUUUGCAGUUGUAUCUAUAACACCAACAGAAGAGUGCAGUCCUUUGCAGUCAAGGCAAGUUCAACCACUAUCAAAGGCUACACAAAUGUGUGCAGGUGGACAAGGACCUGAUGCAUGCAAUGGUGAUAGUGGUGGUCCACUUAUGAAAUACACAAAUGAUUCAAAACCAGUACAGCAAGUUGGAAUUGUCUCAUUCCGAACAGGAACUGAGUGUGGUCCAACAGCAAGUGUUUAUACAAGAGUUGAUGGUUUUCUUGAAUGGAUACUUGAUAAUAUUGAACCAUAAGCUUGAAAGUUAUUCACUGUCCCAAGUAUGGUGUUAAGAGCAGAUAAAUCAGCUUUAUUUGUCACAGAAUGAAAUGAUAACAUGAAAAUGAAAAGUAAAGCAACUGUUGAAUUUAUCUAGAAGAGUCAGUGAAGAAGCUACCUUCAUUUAUAAAGAAGUUAAUUUGCUGGAAAAGAGAAGUAAGAGUAUAUACAGAUCUGAGAUUUGCUCAAAAUUUUUUUUUUAAAUUGAGAUGCUGGAGGAUUUUUAUCUAAGAUUUUUGUAUCCAUUUUUCUCUUUUUACAAUAAAAAAUUGCUCUGAUUUAGGCCACAGUUGAGUGCUUUGUCAUAAUGUCUGUUAAUGCAGAAAAUAUUAAAUUUUUAGUGAGCUCUAUUUACAUGAUGUUAUUGGUUAUAGAAAUUGUCCAUUAUGGAGCUCUAGUUUCAAAUGUUCAUUGAGUUUUGUAAUCCAUACAAAUUUCAUUAAAAAUAUUGCUUUCA